AUGCAACGAAUUGCAACAGUGCGCUCUUUGAUAAAAAUUCCUCGGGACACUGUGAAUUGGAAGAAAUUUGCGGCUGCGAAAGGGCGAGGAGGACAGCAUGUGAAUAGAAAUGACACUGCCGUGGAAGUUAGAUUCAGCAUCGAUGAAGAGUGGAUAUCCGCGGCGGACAGAAGCGUCCUCAAAAGAGAUUUUGGGCACUUGAUUUCGAAAAAGAGCGAAAUUGUGCUGAUAGAAAGCAAGCAUCGAGAGCCGCUAAGGAACUUUGAAAAAGCGCUGCGAGACUUUGAAGAAAAAGUGAAUCCAGCACUAGAGCAAGAAGAGAGCGAAAUAGCGCUCAAAAGAAAACGAUAUUUGGAGAACCACAAUCCGAAGAAAUUAGAAAAAGCCAACAAGAAACGCCUCAAAGAUAAAAGACUCAAGAAAUAUUCUAAAAACAUGCGAAAAAUAACACACAAGGACUUUCAAAAUGCUAGUUCGAUUCUUCAAAUGAUGAAGGGAAUUCUAGCAGUGCUUCUUAUCAAUCUAAAGCUGGGCGAUGGCUCGCCGGGUGACCGAAGCUUCAUAAAGGCAAAGAGAAAGUUCGCCCUCGACGACAAGGUGUUACUCUUCCAUGCUGUUGUUUGCUCCGUUGGCUGGAUAAUGUCGGCGCAAUUUCACGCUCGAGAGACGAAACUUUCAGAGAAAAUGGAUUACCUAGGCGCCGCCGCCAUCAUUUACUCCACCCUUUUCCUCUCUCUCUCGCGCAACUUUCCCCGGAAACGAAGCCAGAUUGGCAUGGCUGUUGCUGCGUGCUUUUAUUGUCACGUGUAUUCGAUGCGAAAUAGAAUCGAUUAUGGUCUGAACAUGAAGCUGUGCGUGUGCUUAGGGAUCAUCUCGCUUGCUUUAUGGGUACGCGUUUAUCUCAUUGAGAGAAGUGAAGCGCUUUUCAAAGUCACUUUGGUAUCGAUCGGCUCGGCCCUGCUACUCGGACUUGAAAUUUUGGACUUUCCUCCUCUUUAUCGGAUUUUUGACGCCCACUCGCUAUGGCAUUGUGGAACAAUGCCAGCUCCUUGGCUUCUUUAUCCAGCCCUCAUGGAAGACGCUUACGACCAGUUCCAGAAAUCCAAGAUCAAAUUGCCUUAA